AGCUGAACAUGGAGCAGAACAGGAGGAAAAAUCUGAGAGAGAGAGGAGGCAAGGCUUUGAUGUUGGCUGGUCAAGCUGCUGUGUGUUUACAGAGAGUUCUAAUGAAUCCACCUCAGCACCUCUUCCUGCAAUCCUGGGUCUGACCCUUCCCAGUGCAAUAGGAAGGAGAAAGCAGGCUCUGCCUGUGAACUCUGGGACUGAGCAUCUCCCAGGGAUUAUACAUUGCAAGAACUGACCCAGAUCCACGCAGGCGCCGGUCCCUAUACUUGUUGCAUGCUGGGAUUGAUAUUUACUAGUGUCGAGAGGAAAAUGCCAGUAAUUAUAGCCAGGGGCACUGGUGACUUUAUCUUGUAAUCAUCCCUGGGCUUGCAUUAUGCGUUAACGAGUCAGGAGCUGGCGUUGUUAUUAUCCUAGAAGGGUGUGUGUGUGUCUCUCUCUCUCUCAUGUAUCUAUCUCUGAGCCGGCAUGGUGGAGAACACAGGGAAAUUCAACAGCACUUCAGCGCCGAUGCCUGGCUUAACCACUGGAGAAGAGUUGAAUCUGGUUCUGACUGGAAGCUCUCAGUUCCAUCAUCAGGGGAUGAAGCUGGAAGCUGUGAUGGAGCAUUUACAGAGGCAGCAGCAAGUGCGCUUGGAGAUGGAGGGCAGGGAGAGGAAGGACCGGGACGUCCACCACGCCCGCAUCUUCUACGCUCAGCAGAUGGCAGCAGCCUCGUCCAGAUCUCCGCCGGCAUCACCGCUGGUCGCCGCCCUGGCCCGCCAAUCGGCGCUCGCCGUCCCACAGGGCUCCGACAAGAGCAGCGAGGACUCGGAAGCUGAGGACGACGCCUUUGAACGGGAGGACGCCGCCAGCGAGCUGGAGGACGAGGACGCGGUGAGGGGUGAGCUCGACGAGGAGGACGACGGCGAAGAGGAGGACGUGGAGUAUCUCAGGAAACGGCCCGCGGCCAUGUUGUCUGGUCAGAGGGCCCCACCCGCUCACCGUCCAUCCGUUAGCGGACAAUCCCAACAGCAGGGAAAUAGUCAGGCCAUUUCCCCGAGUCCAGCACAUUUGAAAUCUCCUGCAAGCCAUCACGAUUGGGGUUAUGAAGAACAGUUCAAACAGAUACAGCCUUCUGAUUGGAUGGCAAAUGACCAAUCAGAAUUGGGGAAAAAAAAUUCUCACCGACCAGGCAGUGUGCCAGGAGCCCACAUCCCUGGCACUAUUAAACAGAAUGGGAGUCUGGCUUGGAAUGACGAUGCUGAUGGUGGACGAGCAAGAGAGGCUGCCAAAGACUUCGCAAAGCUCUACGAACUGGACAGUGACCCCAAACGCAAGGAGUUCCUGGAUGAUCUGUUUGUUUUCAUGCAGAAGAGAGGAACGCCAGUGAACCGGAUUCCCAUCAUGGCGAAGCAGGUGUUGGAUUUGUACAUGUUGUAUAAGCUCGUCACAGAGAAGGGCGGACUGGUGGAAGUUAUCAAUAAGAAGAUUUGGCGGGAAAUCACCAAAGGCCUCAACUUACCUACCUCAAUCACCAGUGCAGCCUUUACACUCAGGACCCAAUACAUGAAAUACCUCUACCCAUAUGAAUGUGAAAAGCAAUCACUCAGUUCACCCACAGAGCUCCAGGCAGCGAUUGACAGCAACAGGCGUGAGGGCAGAAGACCCAGCUACAGCUCGGCUCUCUUUGGCUAUUCACCAUGUUCGGCGACCCCCCUUCUGUCCCCGGCCAAGGUCCAUCUGUCGUCCCUGAAUGUUCCCACCUCCAAUGGAAUCCACCUCUCUCCAGGGCAGCUCAUCAAAAAAGAUACGGCCGGGCCCUGCUCUUUGACCCCAAGCCGGAUCCACGUGCCGUUGUCCCAGGCGGGUAACCAUUCCACGGCGCAGGCCGUCACUCUGGAGCAGCUGAGGGAGAAACUGGAGAGCGGGGAGCCACCUGAGAAGAGAAUGGCCAGAUUGGCGGAGGGACAGCAGCGUCUGAUGCAGCAGGCCCUGCAGCAGAACCUCUUCGCCAUGGCAGCCCACGUGCCUAUGAGCAUCAAAAUCAACGGGAAAGAUGACCGACAGGAGCUUGCAUUGAACUUGUCAACGAAUGGUAUCAGCAGCAUUAACAUGUCGAUUGAGAUUAAUGGUACUCUCUAUACAGGAGUGUUGUUUGCCCAGAGACCAGCUGUGCAUGUGAUCGCAGGACCCAGCAGCAGCACAUCUGGUUCACAGAGCACCUCCAGUCCUACCUCUGUCAAGGGCCCCGCCUCUGCUGAGCCCUCCACCAGUGGCUCCCCCUGAAGCAGCCAACUGCCACAGCGUCAGCAAAUGGACUUGUCUCAAUUGUAUUUUUCUAGAGUCAGGGCAGGGAAUAAUGAGCGAGAAGUGGAAAAAUGCAGGAACAGAAAGAACACAUAAAAGGAUUGCACAGAUCUUUUCAGCUCAAGGAACCUAUGUGACAAUUCUUUUGUUUUAUUAUUCAGUCAAUCUCUUGUGUUGCACAGGGGGCAAUCAAAACUGAGUGUUCUCUUCAGGUAAAAAAGGUGUUGGAGUGGGUCAGGGGUUAGAGGUUAACUGGGCCUGGUUUUGCAGAUGUGACUGUCUCCCCACUGUGAGAUGAUAUGUAUGGGUUCUUAUUUUUGUACGUCAUUUCAAUUAUGCGCAUCCCCAUUUAUUCUGGGAGUUGCCCUGAGUCCAUUUGUCACUCUGUAAUCCUGCCCUCUGAGCAGUGGCGGAACUGCAGUGUCACCUCUGGGCGGGAGGGUGUAAUUACAGCGUGACAUGUUUACAUGAAUAAUUCCCAUUAUAAUGGCGGACGUGAAAUUAAUAACAGAGACCACUGACAGGAUGCAGGCACAAGAAUGUUUAAUAUAUUAUGUAAAUAUGCAGCCGGUGUGGUUUUAAUUUGACUUUACCUUGAAGUGACAGUGUACCUUUUGUUGGUUUCCAGCAGUUAUUCGAAAGUUACAUGGGAGGGAGUCCAGACUAAAACUGGGCCUUGUUCAUUUUUCACUUCAGUCAUAAAGAAAUUCAGCAACCUGUUCAAAAUGCAGUGGAAAAUAGUUCCAGAAACAAGAAGAUUUUAUUCCUUAAAUUAUAGAGAGUCACGCUGAGGUGGAAAUGUUGAUGUCCUUGGCAGAACUGGGUCUGACUGACCCUGAGCUGCAAACCCAAGGGUGUUGCUUCCCUCCAACUGAAUGGCCAAGUAUGCUAGUCAGGGGUGAGUGUCAACAGACUCUCUUCCACCAUCGUAAGCAGCACACUGGGAUCUACCCAUGCCCCUGCCUUUUGUAAUCCACCGUGACUCAGCGGGUAGUGAUCCCAUUGGUGAGUCUGACGGGUCCCACUUCAGCAACCCGAGCACUGAUGCCCAGGCUGAAACUCCCAUGGAAGCAUUGAUGGAGUGCCACACUGCCAGGGGUGCCACUUGCCCGCCUGCCCUCUCGGGUGGAGGUAUCGUGAGGAAGACCAGGGGGCUUCUCCCCAUGCCCAGCGUCCUGGUGACUACUCAUCCUUCACGUAACAUUGCUGGAACAGUUUAUCUAGUCACUGUCACAGGCUUGUUCAUGGGAGCCUGCUGUGCACAUCAUUUCUGAGAGUACAGCAUGGAAACAGGCCCUUCGGCCCAACCCGUCUGUGCCGACCAGGUUUCCGAAAUUAUACUAGUCCUAUUUGCUAACAUUUGGCCA